GACACCGACACCGACACCGACACCGACACCGACACCGAGGCCACCGACCUGCACAGGACCAGCAGCUGCGUCGCGUUGGCGCUGCCGUUGCCGUUCCCGUACUACGAAUACUACUACUAUCCUCGUGCUGUGAUCGCCGCCUCCUUGUUAAACUCAGAUCGCCGCACGCUCACCGACAAACACGAGGACAACUACUUGCUAUCGUUACUCGCAAGAAUCGACGAACCGCCAGUACCAAAGUGCUUCGACUUAUUGUUAGUAGCAUCGACCAAAAUCCAAUCAAAGGAGUUGAACGAGCAACAGGACGAACAGGAGGAAUACGGUGAACAGGAAACGGAAAACGUGGCCAGUUCGACAAACGACGAGGAAGUAAGAGUGCUCGCGAACGUGAACAGUAACCGCCUUAAUCGCCGGAACGGGCGAGCACGAUUUUCCGCGUGACCAACAGCCACUCGCUGUUACGCCGUGUCGAUGGUAAUCGCGAGUGCGAUUCAUAGAAUACCGGCGUGGUAUAACGGUUACGACUGGAACGAAACGACCCUCGUGCAGACACAGUAUACGCUGAACGCAAAAACAUACACAUUAAAUCGCAGUUCUAAUAAUUAAGCAGACCGAGCUUCUGAGAUACUCACGUAAAAAUAGGGGAAUUCGAAUGAAAAGUAAGAGAACGAAGUACGUACAUACAUUGUUAUAUAUACGCGCGUGAUCUCUCGUGUGUAUUCCUUGUGGAUUUCAGUGACAGUCGAAUCGACGAGCAGAGUGCGCGUACGUAACAGAUUCAGGUUAUAAAUUUUGUGGACUCCUUGCUGGUCGUAGUUUCGAGCCUUCAAGUACGUGGAAAUUUUCGCCGGCAUUCGUGUACAGUGUACGAUCGACGAGAACGGAACGUUGCGCGACAGUCUCGCCGGGAUAUCGUAGAAGAACCACGAUAACCUCAUUGUUGUUUUGAUGCACGCGUGCCGGGUACGAAAGAGAAAAACUCGUUACGAGAAAGGACACGACUGUGAAUACGUAGUGCCAUAUACGAAUGAGAGAAAAAAAGAAUAGUAAAUAUACAAAGGAAAUAUAGAACAAAGGAACGGCAGAAGUGUGAUAUCGGACUGCCCGUUGCAUUCGUACUCCUGCCCUGAAAUUUCGAUUCGUGUAGCGCCAUAUCGCGACACACAUAUACAUAUUGUAUCUUUCUCUGUCUAUCUAUCUGUCUCCCUCUUCCGCCUCUUUCUUUAUCUCUUUU